UGCUCUUCUUUCCGCCUCUAAAAGAAUCAGUUUCCAGCCAGGAAAGAACCAACACCUGAUGCUAGAUUUACUCAGAGGCACCGGCCAAGGGAGGGUUGCGUCGUCUCCCGCCGAUCCCCCACUGUCAUAUCUGCCACAGACCCACACACCUAGGUGCAGGUAUGGUCCGUGUUGCGUUCGUGGUCCUGGUCUUCGCAGGAUCUGUCAUGAGCAAAAACAAAUGCAGCUACCAUGAAAUUGUGGACCACCUGAACUUAACCAGAGACACCAGCAAGUUCAGAGUGACACGACCAGUCACAGACCACACUCAUGUCACUGAGGUGCAGCUGGACAUUCUCCUGUAUGCCAUCCUGGCCGUGGUGGAGAAAUCACAGCUCUUUGUGUCUCUACUUUGGGCAACGAUGAUAUGGAAUAAUGAACACAUCUCAUGGGACCCUGCUCAGUUCUGUGGUAUCACAAAGUUCACAGUUACUGAAAAUCUGCUGUGGAAACCCGAUCUCUACAUCAUGGAGAUGACACAAAAGGAGGACUCCCCUCUGACGCCUUUCUUGAUGAUCUCCUAUGAUGGAACAGUUAUAUCGGAGCGACCAGUUAAAGUUAUCAGCACCUGUGAAAUGGACAUCUACAAGUUUCCCUUCGACAUACAGACAUGCAACAUCACUAUUGGCUCGAACCAGCACAGCAAUGACCAACUUCGCCUGCUCCCUUUCUCCAACACGUCUCGUGCAACUCAGUUCUCCAAACUGGUGAUGAGGACACAAGGAGAAUGGGACUUCAUCCAGCUGUCAGUUGAGAAAAUGAAUGUCUCAAUUUCGGAGCUGGAGUGGGAGCAGCUCAAUUACAGCUUCACAGUCAAGCGUCGACCCCUCCUCCAUGUCAUCAACUUCCUGGUGCCCAUCCUCUUCUUCCUGUGUCUGGACUUGUCCUCCUACCUGAUCUCAGAACUCAGAGGGGAGAAGCUUGGUUUCAAGGUCACUGUGCUGUUAGCAAUCUCAGUGCUGCUUCUCAUCCUCAAUGACAUCCUGCCCUCCAUGUCCAACAAGACCCCCCUGAUAGCCACCUACUGCAUCACGAUCUUUGCUCUGAUGCUGCUCAGCUUACUGGUGACCAUUGUGGUCACAUACCUGACGGAGAAAGACGCGGAGUGGCGAGAGAAGGGCCCGUCCCGGAGCUGGCACCCAGACAUGAUGAAAAACAGCGAGAAGUCGAGUGGGUGCCAGAACAUGUGUGGCCGAAACUGGAGAGACAAGGAACAUGGGCAGCUACCUGCAACUGAAGAGGUGCAGGUCAACAAGGAAGAAUCAUUGCUGGUUCAAAUCCUGCAGGAGCUGAAGCAGCUGCAGCAGAUGGUUGAUGUGCACAUCAGCUACAGGGCGGAGGGAGGGAAGUUCCUCCGAUGGGCCAAGAGGAUCAACCAAGGCUUUUUCAUCUUCUACAUCAUCACUGUCUCAGUCUUCCUCGCCCUCAUCUAUAUAGAGUGGCGCAGUUAGAGAAGCUGACAAAACCAUGACACCAAUUCAAAACUACUAUUAGAUUUAAUGCUUGUAGUGUUACGCAGCCUUUUUGUGU